UUAUAUAAGCUGAAGCAGAGCUGUAAAAUCAUCUUCCAGUCAUGGCUUUGCUCAGAGUGAUCUAUGUGGCAGCUGUGCUGGGUCUCCAGAUACGAGACUCUAAUUCCCAGUUAUCUGAUUGUGGUCAGCCAGCUCUCAACACCAGGAUUGUUGGAGGACAGGUUGCUCCUGCAGGCAGCUGGCCCUGGCAGGUCAGUCUGCACACCUCCGGUCACAUCUGUGGAGGGAGCCUCAUCAACAACCAGUGGGUGCUCACUGCCGCUCACUGUGUCGAUGGACGCUCCCCAUCAGAAUUUACAGUGUACCUGGGUCGUCAGAGUCAGGAGGGAUCAAACCCCAACGAAGUGUCUCGAUCAGUAACUCAGAUAAUCAGUCAUUCUGGCUACAACUCCGACACUGUCGACAAUGACAUCUCCCUCCUGAAGCUCUCUUCAUCGGUAACCUUCAGCAACUACAUCUCACCUGUCUGCCUGGCGGCCUCAGGCAGCACCUUCUUCCGUGGCGUUGACACCUGGAUCACUGGCUGGGGCACCAUUGGGAGUGGAGUUGACCUCCCUUCCCCACAGAACUUGAUGGAAGUGGAGGUGCCAGUCGUGGGAAACAGACAGUGUAAGUGUAGUUAUGGCGUGAAUCAAAUCACUGACAACAUGAUGUGUGCUGGAUUAGAAGAAGGAGGAAAGGACUCUUGUCAGGGAGACUCAGGAGGUCCACUGGUGAGCAAACAGGGCAGUCGGUGGAUUCAAGGAGGAAUUGUGAGUUUUGGAAGAGGUUGUGCAGAGCCUAACUUCCCAGGAGUCUACGCCAGAGUGUCCCAGUACGAGACCUGGAUCAAAAACCAGAUCAGCAGCAGCCAGCCAGGCUUCAUUAGCUUCACGUCCAACGGGACUGACGGUGACCUCAGCGUUUCAUGUCCAGGCCUCUCCUCAUCUGGAUCUUCCAGCAAUUCAUCCAAUUCUGCAACCACAACUUCUACCACCACAACCCUCUCUCAACCCACAUCGUUGGUCUGUGGAAGAGCCCCACAGAAUUCUCGUAUUUCGGGUGGAAGUUCGGUGGCGAAGGCCGGCGUGUGGCCGUGGAUGGCGAGCCUGCAGAAGGGUGGGCGGCAUGUGUGUGGUGGGACGCUGGUGGCUGUGGACUCUGUGAUGAGCAAUGCCAACUGCUUCCCAAGCUCCCCCAAUGCGUCUGAGUGGACGGUGGUGUUGGGUCGUUUGAAGCAGAAUGGAUCCAACCCCUUUGAGGUGUCGCUGAACGUGACCAACAUCACCCUGAGUAACAUGACGGGAUCCAACAUUGCACUGCUUAAACUGUCCACCCAGCCCACCCUGUCUGACUACAUCCAGCCCAUUUGUCUGGACGAUGGAAAAACCUUCCCUGUGGGUUCAGUGUGCUGGACAGCUGGUUGGAGCUCCGGACAAGGAGGAGAAGAACAAGUCAUGCAGGAAUUGCAGACCUCAGUGUUAAAUUGUGGGAAUACAUCAACAAGUGAGAGCAUUUGUACAGGACUCUUUGCACUGGAGAAGGGUGAGUCUGGAAGCCCGCUCAUGUGUAAGUUGAGCGGCUCCUGGUUCCAGGCAGUGGUUUUGUCAUAUGAAAGCAGCUCCAACAGGGAAAAACGAAAUAAUACAGUGAUGACCCUUGAAAAGCUGAGUCGAUUUAAAACCUUCUUGACUCGGUCACUGGGGACUUUCUUGUCUCCGACUUCCACCAACAACAAUACCAACACCAACUCGACGACCACCGCUGCCACCACCAGUGGGUCCAAUGCUCAUUUCUCCUUUUUCUUCUGCAUCCACCUCCUCGUCCUACCCUUGUGUCUCCAGAUCUUCUCAUAGAAAGAGCCAACAUCACGUUUUUUUUUUUUUACAUGAUUUAACUUGCACAAAUGAAAGCAAACUUUAAAUUUGACACUUUAUAAGUUGAUUCUGUUUUUAUUUUGUCUCAUGUGUAAAGGUUUUGAUAAUAUUGUGGCAUGCACAUGCUUUGUUAAUGCAUACAAAUGAUGUGAUCAUUAAGAAAAUGCUUCUGUAUCUGUAAAUAAACAUUCGGUGCGUCCAAAAUCCCGUACUAAAAAGUAUAUACCAAAAAGUAUACUUAAAUUCGGCACACUUUUGAGUAAAUAUCAGUAGUGCAUUAAUUCGAACGUACUAUUAAGAGCGCACACGUCACUUCCUGCCGUAGGGAGGAAGUGACGUGUCACAGCAGCGGUAGCAGC